CGAGGGAGGAGCCUUCUCCGUAGACCCUCCUUCCGGCCGGCAGGUGAUCCCUCGGGGCUGCCCUAGCCCUGCGAGCGUGGAGGGGAUGUGGAACCGGCAGAAGAUAAAUAAGGAAAGGUCCCCGUCCAGUCCCCUGUCGACCACUCCCCUCUCCCACAGUGACAUCCCACUUCCUUGGGGCCGCCCUGGAGCACGUGCACCGAAGUCACUUUGGAGCCCCCGGGGUGGUGGGGGUGCAGAAAGGGGAAGGUGAGCGGCCUCUGGCAGCUGCCACGGGUGCCUCACAGAGGCAGAGUCGGCCACGGUGACUUCUCAAAGAGAAAGUGAAACAGAAGAUAGCGAGGGAGAGGACAGAACAGGGCAGCCUGAGCUCUGCGUCGCGUCGGGGCUGGCAGAGCCCCUCUGCUCCAGCCGCGGCCUCACCAGCAAGCAGUGGGCUGGGGAGGAGGCAGGGGCAGCAGCAGCCUCCAUGGGUGCACGGGGCUGGUGCCUGCUGCUCUGCUUGGCUCUGUCCGGAGCUACAGAAACCGAACCUGGGGCAGCAGGAAGGCCAUGGCGGGCCGUGGACGUGAUCGUGGACUGCUUCCUGGUGAAGGAAGGUGGGCACCGUGGAGCUCUGGCCGCCAGUGGGGACAGGGUGAAGGCCCUGCUGGUGCUGAGGCAGGUGCCAGUGCUGGAUGACGGCUCCCUGGAAGGCUUCACCGACUUCCAAGGGGACACGAUGGCCAAAGACGACCCACCUGUUAUCUUCGAGGCCUCUGUGGACCAGGUGCAGAUUCCCCAGGCCGAGGCCCUGCUCCAUGCGGACUGCAGUGGGAAGGAGGUGACCUGCGAGAUCUCCCACUAUUUUCUCCAGGCCGGACAAGAGGCCACUGCCGAGAGGACAGCUCGGUUCAUAGCCAACGUGCAGGCAGCUGGAGGGGGACCUGGCAUCUCCAUAGUGCUGAAGACGCUCAGGGAUGCUGAGAAUAGAGCUGCCUGGCACCCCAUGCUGAACCUGCCCUUGAGCCCCCGGAGGACUGUGCCGACCACAGUGAAGUUCCAGGUGACGACACAGACUCAAGCCCUGAGUUUCCUGCUGGGGUCCUCGGCCUCCCUGCACUGUGGCUUCUCCAUGGCACCCGGCCUGGCUCUCCGCAGUGUGGAGUGGCGGCUGCAGCAUAAGGGCAGUGGCCGGGAGGUGUACAGCUGGACGGCGGGCCAGAGCCAGGCCAGGCGGGAGGGUGCCACGCUGGAUCCUGAGCAGCUGCACGCGGCCGGGGACGCCUCCCUCACCCUGGCCGGCCUGACACUGCAGGACGAGGGGGCCUACAUUUGCCAGAUCACCACGUCUCUGUACCGAGCUCAGCAGAUCAUCCACCUCAACAUCCAGGCUUCCCCCAAAGUACAGCUGCACCUGGCGGACCAAAGGGUGCCACCCACCCUCAUCUGCCGCAUCACUGGCUAUUACCCUCUGAACUUGGCAGUGACGUGGACCCGAAAGGAGCAGGGUGGAGCCCCAGUCCAAGUCUCUGGCGCCUCCUUCUCCAGCCUCAGGCAAAGCAUGGCGGGCACCUACAGCAUCUCCUCCUCCCUGACGGCAGAACCUGGCUCUGCAGGCGCCACUUACACCUGCCAGGUCACUCACGUCUCCCUGAAGAAGCCCCUGGAGGUCAGCGCCCAGGUUGUCCCACCAGAACAGAGACCAAUUUUCGGGGUCAUCCUUGCCAGCAGCCUCUUCCUUCUCGCACUGUUGUUGUUCCUGAGGCUUACAAGAUAGCACGCCCCCCAUCGAUAUCUGCCAAGACUCUGAGGCAUUCUGGGAGGCUACUCUCCUUGGAGGAAAAAGGAGCCGCGUUCUUCCAGGACACUGAGUGGAGUCACGGCACUGGGGGAGUCACAAAGGCACCCCGGUCCCGGGCUCUGGCCCUGCAGGGCCUCUGCUGCCUUCCCCUGGGGAGACAACGAUGAGGGACAACAGGAGGCAGGAUGUCUGUGACACCGAAGAGCCAGAGCUGCAGAGGCAGGAAAAGGAACCGGGAAGAAAUGGAGCAAGGAGCAAGUGAGGCAAGGGCUGGGCCCCCACUGCGACCUGGACUUUGUCAAAAUAAAAGCCCCAGUACCCACUGAAGCAAA